AUGGUCAGCCCUGAUCCUGAGUUUAUGCCCCCCCCUUCACGAUCCUCCACGGGAACAACGAGUAGCACCACCGUCUUCGACUUGGCCACCAAUCUCGACAUGUCGGACGACGACUCGCAUGUCACAUCGCCCGCUGCUGGCUUCUCUGUAAAGCAGCAGACGCACUCCCCGACUGGCAGCGCCCACUCAGUAUCCGAUGAAUUUGAGGACCACGUCAAGAAUGAAUCUGGCGACCCGGCCUCGGUCCCCGUGCAGAAGCGCCGCCGUGUCACAAGAGCGUGCGACGAGUGCCGGCGCAAAAAGAUCAAGUGCGACGGCAAGCAACCAUGCACACACUGUUCGGUCUACAGCUACGAAUGCACAUAUGAUAAGCCUUCGAACCGUCGUAGGAACCCAGCACCACAGUACAUCGAAGCGCUGGAAAGCCGUCUGCAGCGAGCCGAAGCUCUGCUGCACAAGUUUAUGCCCGAUGUCGACCUCAGCGACCCGAACCUCGACCCAACCGUGCAGCAAGAGUUCCGAAGCCGAGAACUCGCACGCAGUCAAGCAAAGAUGAGACAGGACCACAUGGGCCCUGGUGAUAGGGAAGAUGCCCAGCUCUUGUCCAUGAUUGAGUCCAUAGGUCAAUUGGACAUGGACGAUCGCGGCGGCUGGGACUUCCACGGCGUGUCCUCUGGCGCUGUCUUUCUGCGACGAAUGAAUGAGAACUUCCAGGGCCUCAUGGGCCCUGCCACAAAAGCGCCGUUCCUCCCACGGAAGGAACGGCCGUAUGGUCUGACGAAACUGGACUCCCCGGCGUCAGCCGGCAGCUCGCCACAAGAUUUGACGCUCGCCCACGGGUCUGAAUUGCCUCCAAAAGAGUUCGCCCGCAAGCUUUGCUACUACUCAUUAAGCUGCGGAACGUGUCUCAUUCGAAUCGUCCACGCGCCGACAUUCUGGGACAUGUUUGAUAACAUUUACGACAAACCACACGAAAGCUACACACAAGAAGAGCAAAGGUACCUCGGUCUUUUGUAUGCUGCCAUGGCACUCGGCUGCAUGUACAAUAACCUGGACGACAGCUCGGCCUCCGUGACAUAUCAGGAGGCUAUGAAUCAAGGCGUCAAGUAUUACGACCACGCGAGACGACUACUGCAAGAUAUCACCGAGUGUCGGGACCUCACGUCAUUACAGGCACUCCUGUUCAUGAUUCUCUUUCUGCAAGCAACAUCCAACCUCAGCGGAUGCUACGCCUUUGUCGGCAUUGCGCUGCGAUCCGCCGUGCGCAUGGGUCUGCACCGCCAUCUCCAACAUGCACAGAUUGGCGUGAUCGAGCAGGAGGUCCGCCGCCGCGUGUUUUUUGUUGUUCGUCAGAUGGAUAUUUACGUGUCUGCGAUGCUGGGCUUCCCGCUCUUGCACAACCCCGAAGACAUGGACCAGACGUACCCCACAGAGGUAGACGACGAGUACAUCACCAACGAAGGCAUCAUCCAGCCACCUCCGGGCACCGCCAGCUUCUUCGAGGCAUUCAACGCACACACGAAACUCAUGGAGAUCCUCGCCAAAAUCAUCAAGCACGUGUAUCCCUUGAAGGGACUUGGGCAGAGCGUGAUGAAGGGCGACAAGCUCGGCACCACAUACCACAUCAGCUACUCCAGCAUCAAGAAGAUCGAGGGCGAGCUUCAGGAGUGGUACGCGGAGCUGCCGCCUCAGUGGCGACCCAGCUCUGACGGACCCAUCGAAGUGAUUCGCGUGCGACACCUUCUACGGUUUGCCUAUGCCCAUGUUCAACUCGUCCUGUACCGACCGUUCCUCCACUACGUAUCGCCUCGCCUGAGUCUGGGCAAGAACGUGGACGAGCUUUCCUACGCGUGCGCUGCCGCCGCCAUCAGCGUGUCCCGCAACAUUGUGCACAUUGGCAUCGAGAUCCGCAAGCAGGGCGUUCUCGCAGGGCCUUACUGGUUCAUGCUGUACACCGAAUUCUUCGCGGUUCUUUCUCUCGUGUUUUACGCGGUUGAGAAUCCCGAAAAGCCCGGUUCGGGCGAGGUUUUGGGAGAUGCCAAGGCUGGCCGUGACAUGCUCGAAGCGCUCAAAUCAAAGAGCCAAGCGGCCGAGCGGGUGACUGCCGCACUGGAUAUCUUGUUUGAACAAUUGCCCGAGAGGCUCCAGCAAACCACGGCCCACCCGAUACCGUCCAAGAAACGAUCGGCACCUGGGCCAAGACCUGGGCUGGGACCCAUUCAUGGCGGGCAUCCGGGCCUGCAUCCGUCCCUCGGGCCGCGCCGAUCAGAAGAACUCUCGAGGCCGCCCAGCACGGCGCUGGUCAACGGGCGCAUGGGCGCAGCGCCGGUCAGGAGCUCUUUCGACAGUGGCUUGUCGGACGGCUCGUACCGAGACUCGGCCUUCCCGGCCAACAUGCAGGAGAUGCUGGCGAUGGACAUGAACCCGCGCACGAGCCCGGAGUCGACGAGCACAGGCACGAGCUCGCACGCGCGGACGCAAGGGUAUCCUCCGCCGCCGACACUGGGCAACGGCAGCAGCACAUCGAUCCACAAGCUCGACUCGCUCAUGUUUCCUUCGGAGGACCCUUUCGCGUACCCGAAGCAGCCGAUGAUGGAGCUUGGUUUCCAGCCCGGCUCGGUGUCGGGCGCAGGCGCCACGGCGGCCAACAUUAGCGCGCCGCUGGAUGCAUCGCAGUUCACGAUGCCCGGGGCAUUUGACGACAUGGAUCCGCACCAUUUUCUGGGGCAGGGCCCCUCUUACUACAUGCAGCAGCAGCAGCACCAGCAGCAACAGCAGCACCAGCAACAUCAAACACAACAGCAAGUACAGCCAGGGCUGGACCUGGCCAACAUGUACCAAAAUUCCAACCUGCUUGGGAUGCACAACGACGCAUCACGACUGGAGCAAGCGCGGCGCGCAGCCCAGAUGCAACGGCCUGUCGACAAUAGACACAUGGAGCGAAUGAUGGCAGAUUCAGGAUACCAAGGGAACUGGGGCAGCAUGUUUGCGCGCGGGGGUUUCCAAGGUCUCUAG